CCCGACGCGCACUCCCCGCCUGGCAGCUGGCGCCCCGGGCCUGGGGCCGCGGCGGCGAGAGGGGUUUGCUGGGAGGGCUGGAGGGAAGCAGCGGGGGAGGGCGGAGGGAGGGCGGCUGCCCCCCGCGCCCCUCCUCCUCCCCUCCUCCGCAGCCCGCCGGGCCCUCCUCCCGCCGCCUCCCUCCGCCCUCCUCCCUCCCUCCGCAAGACAUCCCGGCCCGGCCCGGCCGCCGCGGCCACCUUCCCCGCCGGAGCUGCAGAUGUGGCGGAGCGGCCGGGUGCCGGGCGGCCGUGCCAGGGGAGCCCGCGCCGGGUGAGCCUCGCGUCCCGGCCCCCGCCCGCUCCGGCCCCUCCCCCGCUCACUCCCCGCCGCCCCCCGACCGCCGGAGCCCGCAGCCGGGAGCCUCCCGCCCCGCCGCCGAGGUUCUUGCCUGAAUACCAGCUUGCCACCUCCAACCCCAGCCCCCCACCACUAUGCACUCCUUGGACGAGCCGCUUGACCUGAAGCUGAGCAUCACCAAGCUCCGGGCGGCGAGAGAAAAGCGGGAGAGGACGCUGAGUGUGGUCCGGCACCGAGCUCUGCACAGGGAGCUUGGCCUGGUGGACGACAGCCCCACCCCAUGCUCCCCGGGCUCCCCGCCCUCAGGCUUCCUACUGAACCCCAAGUUCCCCGAGAAGGUGGAGGGACGCUUUUCAGCGGCCCCACUGGUAGACCUUAGCUUGUCACCAUCAUCAGGACUGGACUCCCCCAAUGGCAGCAGCUCGCUGUCCCCCGAGCGCCAAGGCAACGGUGACCUGCCCACAGUCCCUACUGCCCCGGAUUUCCAGCCGCUGCGCUACCUGGACAGUGUCCCCAGCUCCUUCCAGUUCUUCCUGCCUCUGGGCUCGGGGGGAGCCCUGCAUCUGCCUGCUUCCUCCUUCCUCACCCCCCCGAAGGACAAGUGCCUCUCGCCAGAGCUACCCCUGCCCAAGCAGCUCGUUUGUCGUUGGGCCAAGGUGAGUGUGGGCCAGGAAGAGUGGGACAGGGCCUGGGGCAGGUGGCCUCACAUGGGCUCAGAACCCUCCCUGGCCCCGCAGUGUAACCAGCUCUUCGAGCUCCUGCAAGAUUUGGUGGAUCAUGUUAAUGAUUACCAUGUCAAGCCAGAGAAGGAUGCGGGGUACUGCUGCCACUGGGAAGGCUGCGCCCGUCACGGUCGAGGCUUCAAUGCCAGCAGGUACAAGAUGCUCAUCCACAUCCGCACGCACACCAAUGAGAAGCCGCACCGCUGCCCCACCUGUAGCAAGAGCUUCUCCCGCCUGGAGAACCUGAAAAUCCACAACCGGUCACAUACAGGUGAGAAACCCUACGUCUGCCCAUAUGAGGGCUGCAACAAGCGCUACUCCAACUCCAGUGACCGCUUCAAGCACACUCGAACCCACUACGUGGACAAGCCCUACUACUGCAAGAUGCCUGGCUGCCACAAGCGCUACACGGACCCCAGCUCGCUGCGCAAGCACAUCAAGGCCCAUGGCCACUUCGUGUCCCAUGAGCAGCAGGAGCUCCUACAACUGCGCCCACCCCCCAAACCACCACUGCCUGCCCCCGAUGGCAGCCCCUAUGUCAGUGGGGCCCAGAUCAUUAUCCCCAACCCGGCUGCCCUCUUCGGAGGCCCUGGCCUGCCCGGCCUGCCCCUGCCUCUGGCCCCCGGCCCCCUUGACCUCAGUGCCCUGGCCUGUGGCAAUGGUGGGGGUGGGGGGAGUGGGGCGGGCAUGGGCCAUGAGCUGCCAGGCCCUGUCCUGCCCCUCAAUCUGGCCAAGAAUCCACUGAUGCCCUCACCCUUUGGGGUUGGUGGACUGGGCCUGCCUGUGGUCUCCCUCCUGGCUGGCUCCACGGGUGGCAAGGCCGAGGGGGAGAAGGGGCGUGGGGCAGUGCCAGUCAGGGCCCUUGGCCUGGAGGGCCGCAAGACCCCCCUGGAGAGGACUGAGAGUGGCCGCUCCCGGCCCCGCCCGGAAGGACUCCCCCUGCUGCCAGGCACCGUGCUGGACCUGUCCACAGGCGUCAAUUCGGCGGCCAGCAGCCCAGAGGCCCUGGCCCCUGGCUGGGUGGUCAUUCCGCCGGGCUCAGUGCUGCUCAAACCAGCUGUGGUGAAUUGAACUCAUCCCAGGGACAACGACCCGAAGCUCCCAGCCCUGCCCCGACGAACGGAAACUUUUCUGCGAAAUAGCAAUAAUGUCCUGCCCCCAGGGCCUGGUUGGCUGUGUUCCCCUGGCAGCCCCAGCCCCAGCCCCAGACAAGCUGGGUGGCAAGGAUGGUGCUAGGUCAUUGCUGGUGUCCCCGGCUCCCAAAGGAGGAACUGCCUACUCGCCAGAGAGACCCGAGCCCCUGAGUGCUGAGGCCUUGCUCACCUCUGGCCCUCAGUCUCCUGGCCCUGUCCUCCACCCUGGUGCCUCCCUCACCCAGUGGCCAACCUGGACAGGUCACCCUCCCUCCCUACCUUGUCACUUGCCAGCCACAUCCCAGCAGUGGGGGCAGGUGGGGUGGCAUCUGCCCCCUCUGCUGGCCGAGGGCUUCCACACCCCUUCAUGUGGUAAGCUGUGACGAGGGGCCCUGGGAUUGAGGCCCCUACCCAUCCUGCCCGAUUUCACCAGGCUCCCGCUCGGGGGCUCCUUGGACCCCUUUCCCUCUGGCCCACCCUCCAGAGGGAGAGCAAGACAGACGCAGGCCCCUGCAAAGCCACAGGAAGAGCCACCUUAUCCUUAUGACAAGGUGCCUCCUGCUCAGAGAGGGAGGCCUGCUCGGCCCACUGCCCCUCACCACCUACCUACCUAUCCGAAGCAGCCCUUCUCUGGUUUGGACGGUGCUCUCCAAAAUGAGGGAACAGCUGACCACUCAGCUGCCUCUUUACCACUGGCCUCUCCCCUCUACCUUGUAGGGAGCCUUGGAGUGUGGGGAAGGGAGGUGCCAGGACCUCGGGCAGGCCUGGCUCAGGGAACAGGUGGGGUGGGCCUGGCCUGGGGCAGUGUCCCUCUUGCACUUGGGACUGCAGACACCUGCAGGCCGGUAGGAGGCUGGAAGCUGGCUGGGGAUGACCCCAGGUUGGGACAGUUCUCAUGCUGGGGGUGCCAAGUCACAGCCAGCACACAGGUAAGGGAGGGCUACAGGCCAGUGCUGGGCACAGGAGCUUUCCAGAGGCCAUGGACUGAGGCCUUGGGCUUGGGGGAUGGUGAAGCAGUCAAGACUGGCUAUGGGAGGCCCAGCCCUUCCACCUGGGACGGGGAAGUUGGUGGAAGCCUGGACUUAAGACAUGCUGCUUCCUCUGGCUUCUUCCAUCUGAGCCCCUGUCCUAGACAUUUUUUUUUAAUCCCAGGGGCCAGAAUAAGCCAAGGAUGCUGGUGUUCCAGGUGCCCACUACCUGACCCCAGGAAUGGGCUCUCCCACCAGGCCCUGGGGACGCAGCAAGUGCUUCCCCACCCUGAACCCUCACUGUGCCGAGGCACUGGUUUAGGCACAGGAGCUUUGGCUCCAGGCCUGCACAGUCCUUGGCAUCAGUGAGCAACCCCUCCCUUUCCCUGACAGAACAAGGGAGCUGCUGGACAGCAGUGGGGUCCGCAGUAGCCCUGCAGUUCCAGAGUCCCCCUACUGUUCCUCAGCAGCUCUGCUGACCCCUACCCUUUUCUGGACUGCCCUUCUGUCCUAGAGGGGUCACCCUGACCCAGCCCGCCCUAACAGGGCCUGGCAGUGCUGGCUCUGCCUCUCGAAGGGGCUGUGAGCAGAACAGGAAGGAGCUGGCCUCCUUCAGGCUUCAUCCAGGACCCAGGCAUCCCCACCCCAUGAAGGGCCCCAGGCCCUUUAAGUCCCCAGUUGGGGGAUGAGGGGUGUGGGUUUGCAGUGGAAGCCCCGGGAGCAGAGGAACAGGGCACUGGAAGAUGACAUUAGCUCAGCAUGUGACUCAGUGAUAGACCAGGCUCAAGAGAGCUGGUAUAUGUGUUGUUGUUGGUUUGUUGUUGCACAUUCCAGGAUAUCAGUAUUUUAACAGGUUCUAAGUGCCUUUCUAUCGUAGCUUAUGUUUUUCCUCCUCUUGGCUCCACUGCUGUUAGCAUAGAGUAAAAAGAAAAAAAAAAAAGAUAAGCUAAUGACUAUAACAAUAUAUUCCUCCAUGUGAGAGGAAGUUUAUAAAGAAACAAUAAAAGUGAGUUGCAAAGA